AUGUUGUCUCUCCCUGAUACAUCUCUCGCUCCUCCCCACUCAGGUGACGUGGGCGGUGAUGAUGUUAUAGCAGGGAACGUGAGCAAGCACACCGUCCUGCCGGCCGGUUCCUGCGGGCAGCCUAAGAAGGGCCACCUGACUUUUGACGCCUGCUUUGAAAGUGGUAACCUUGGACGAGUGGACCACAUCACAGAGUUUGAGUAUGACCUGUUCAUUAGACCAGAUACCUGUAACCCACGCUUUCGAGUUUGGUUCAACUUCACUGUUGAAAAUGUAAAAGAAUCUCAGAGGGUGAUAUUCAACGUGGUCAACUUCAGUAAAACAAAAAGCCUCUAUCGAGAUGGGAUGGCUCCAAUGGUGAAAUCCACAAGUAGACCAAAAUGGCAAAGAAUACCCUCCAAAAAUGUGUAUUACUACCGCUGUCCAGACCACAGGAGGAACUAUGUCAUGUCAUUUGCUUUUUGCUUUGAUCGUGAGGAUGACAUCUACCAGUUUGCCUACUGCUACCCCUACACCUAUACUCGCCUUCAGCAUUAUCUAGACAACCUACAAAGACGGAAUAUGGACUACUUUUGCAGAGAAUUGCUUGGACUUAGUGUGCAGAAACGGCGGCUUGACCUCCUGACAAUAACCAGCCCCAAUCUGCUGUUGCUCAGGCUGCUGUCACGUCCUGUGGUAAACCUGCUGGCUUGA